AUGGAAGUCGACACUGUCGUCGACGUGACGUGUUCGUCGUCAUCAACUGUCUUGAGCAGAUUGUCUAUCGCUAAUAACACGAAUUUACUGCGAAUGACGUCCCUUCCGCCGAGUUGCCAAGACCGUUGCUCGCCGGACUCAUCCCGUCAUGUGUUUGCGACAUCUAUCCCGGCUUCCGAGAAGCUCGCAUUAAGCGUUUUCCCCGCUAUUAACGGCAGUGACGCUCGUGGCGCUGGCGGUGAUUCGGGAAGGCAACAGUGCGAUUUCAGCAGCAGUGUUGAAAAGGCUGGAUCAGUCGAAAAGAAACCACAUCCCUUGUUCAGAUGCCACUUGUGUUCGUAUUCCGGAAACAGCAAGUACCAUUUCAAGAACCACUUGGACUCGCAUUUCCAGGCCAGGCAAAUGCAACACGCCCAGUUGCAAUUCCUUCACGCCACCAGCGCAUUCCUACAAACCAAAUCGGCAACGGAUGUAGAAAUGGACGACGACGACACCGAAGACCGCAUUAUUCAGCCAGCAUCAUCGUCUUCGUCGGCGUCUGUAUCUCCAUCUCCCACCGGAAGUACAAAUCUCGCUUCUACCACUCCAGUUAGUCUGACACAGAUGUCGCUGUCACACUGUGAAAAGUCGCCGGAGCGAGAUGCGCAGCUCGUUUCGACGGUACCGCCACCAGCAGCUGACAGCCAAGAGCCCUCUGAGGAAUUGGACAAGACCAACAUGAGCAGCGACGAGUGCAGCUCCAAAGACACCAGCACCACCGGAACCACCACAGGCACCAACAGCAACAGCAGCAACAAAUCCCGCCUCAAGUGCAAACAGUGCGGGUUCGUGGCCACGGAUAAGCAGGAGCUGUGGGCGCAUUCCAGAGCCGAGCACAUCAAGGCCGAGAGGGCGCUCAAGUGCCCCAAGUGUCCAUUCGUGACCGAGUACAAGCACCACCUGGAGUACCACGUGAGGAACCACUUUGGGAGCAAGCCGUUCCGGUGCGACCAGUGCGCUUAUGCCUGCGUCAACAAGUCCAUGCUCAAUUCCCACAUGAAAAGUCAUUCCACUGUCUAUCAGUACAGAUGUGCAGACUGCUCAUAUGCCACCAAGUAUUGCCACAGUCUGAAACUGCACCUGCGGAAAUACAACCACAAUCCAGAUGUUGUGCUGAAUGCAGAUGGAACCCCCAACCCCUUGCCCAUUAUUGAUGUUUAUGGAACCAGAAGGGGUCCAAAGGCCAAGAAGCAACCAAAGAAAGAGCCUGCAACUUCAUUUUUGCCUCUGCUGGGUGGACUCCCAAUGGUUGGUAACCCUGGUGGGCAGAACCUGCAGCAGCAUCAGCAACAGCAUCAACCACAACAUCCUUGGGCCACCAUGCAACAGGUCGUGGCUCACUUGUUGCGCCAGGCAGCCCCCGAGCAACUCGUGGACCACCUGCUGCAGGGCCAAGGCCCUCAGUUCCAGGGCCAGCUCCUGGGCCAGGGCCAGGGCCAGCCGAAGCGCAGCACCAUGCCGCCACGGGGUGCCCUGCGCUGCAACAUGUGCACCUUUGUCACAGCUGAUCGGAAGCAGUUUUCCCAACACGUGUUGCUUCAUGCAGCCAACGAAAGCCGAUUGCAGGGACACCAACAACCGAUCGUCUGCACACCCAACACCAACAACAACAACAACCACCAGAAUAAUGGUGGCAAGACCGGCUACUCUGAGGUGGAUGAAGAAGAAUUUGAUGAUGAUGAUGUUGAAGAAGAAGAAGAAGAAGAAGAAGGAGAAGAUGAUGAGGAAGAUGAGCACUGCAACAGCAGGGGAUUAGUUGAGGAAGAGGACGAGAUGCAAGACCAAGAUGAAGUGAUGGGUACCAUGAAUGUCAUGCCGGGUCUUUUGCCAAGAACCCAGGAUUCCCGUUUCAACAAGGACAAAGGGUUUCCUGGAAAUCAAGUUCCCUGGCCUUUGGGCAAUCUGUUGCAGUCUCCUUUGCCAGCCACAGGAAUGAAUUCUUCAACUUUGCCAUGGAACAAGCACCCAACCGAUUCAGUGCCUUCUCCUUUGGACCUCAGCAGCAAUUUUGUGUGUCUUUAG